AUGCUGGCUUGUUUACGUAAAGAACACCCGCCCCCCAUGUGGCGAUGUUGUAAUAUUUGUAAAAAGGUGUACUCUUUAAAGCAUAAUUUAAACCGUCAUCUUAAAACUCAUGAUGGUGUUCGAUUUUACUGCGGUGAAUGUGAAUUUGAUUGUGAAAGUAAAUUCAAUCUUACUCGACACUGCAAAAGGAAGCACGCCGGAGCUGGUCAGGAUGGAAGACACGAGCGUAUACAGCAACGUACUAGCGUUAUACAACACACAUCCAACAACCAGACAUUAGAACAAAGGGGCACAUCACAUGAAAGCUUCUUCGAUAGUGAAGGUGAUGAAUUAUGUAAUCAAGCAUAUGAUAAUAUUCCAUCAACAUCGGCAAAUUUACCGGACUACAUACAAACCCCCGAACAUACGCAAUCAAACUCGGCAAGUGGAUCAGGUGUAGGUAAACGACAAAGAGACAACGUCAACCAAUCUAACACCCGAUUGAAACGUCAUCGACUAGCAGUUACUCAAGCAGAUGGAUUUGUAUUAACUAGCAGUGGGUUCAACGGGCUUUGUAAAACUUUCUACAAAAGAAAUUUUAAUCAGUUAGCUGAUUAUGACUCUUUCCUGUCUGAAACCAAACCGCAACUAUUCGAAUUAUUAAGAACACUUGUAGCCGAAAAUGCGGUGAAGUAUACAUUAAAACUGGAAUCGACGUAUAAAAUCCCUUCUACAGAUGUUUUGGAAAAUAGAGCAUUCAAGUCAUCAGCAAGAACUCUAUUCCAGGACACGAACAUUGAAUCGGCAAUAGACGAGGACUUUGCUAAGAUAAUUUCUGAAGAGGCUGAGAUGGAGGGGAAAGGAUCCGGGUUUUCUUUAGAGAAAAUUGAUGGUAUACUACUUGAUGUAUUUAAAUAUACACCCCUUGGAGGUUCAGCUUUUAUACCGCUUCCGGAGACAAUUGAAAAUCGUAAAGCAACAAUAAACGUACAAAAUAAUGACAAUAUGUGCUUCAAAUACAGCAUUAUGGCCAAGGACGUUACUGCGCCAAACCCCAGCCGUAUCACACAUUAUCAGAAUGUGCCAAGCAGACACAAUUUCUCGGGACUUACUUUCCCCGUGCCAUUAUCUGAGGUGAAACAUUUUGAAAAAAAUAAUCCAGGGGUAUCGAUAAACGUGUACGGCUUCAAGAAGGGGAGUUUAACAUAUAAAAAUAAAUCUAAGAAUAACAACGGCCAGACGUCUCAAAAUGCAGAAAAGGAUGAAUUCAUUAUUAUCCCAUACAAGGUGUGUGACCGUGAACAAACCGAUCAUUACGAUUUAUUAUAUUUCAACAACGGAGGGGGAGUAUACCACUACUGUUAUAUCAAGAAUCUUGCAAGAUUGGUUGGAUGUCAACUGUCUAAAAACACCAAGGAAAAAGCCAUCUGCAGACGCUGUUUUAAGGUGUACAUCGAUGAACCGGGUAAAAUUGAUAAAGAAGCUAGACUUGAAGAUCAUAAACGAAUAUGCGUCAAGAACGAGUCAGUAACUCCAAUUCUACCACCGCCAAAUACGUACAUGCAGUUUGAGAACUGGGGUAACACCCAAAAACUCGAUUUUGUCAUUUACGCUGAUUUCGAGUGUUUAUUGAAGAAACCUGUAGGGGACAACCAUUUUGGGAAAACAACUGUCACUCAAGAGCAUGUUCCCAUGAGUUAUUGUUAUUUAGUUAAAGCUAGCGAGGAUGUACCGACAGAGCUAAUGGAUCAAUUCGACAUACCGCAAUCCCCGGUUGUAUACAGAGGUAAUGCAAAUUCUGAGGCUAACGAUGUACCGAAGCAUUUUAUACAGAGCAUUACUGAUGUGGCACGUAAAAUUGAACAGCUUUUAAAAAUCAACACUCCUAUAUGUAUGACAUCACAGAAUGAAAGUAACCAUAAGUCUAUCGUGAACGGGGCGGUAGAUAUAGACAGACUGUCUGUAAUAGGUGUAACUUAA